GGAUAUUGUAUGAACGCUAAAGUUCAAACGGUAGCGUUGCAAUGGUCCGCAAAUUAAAGUAUCACGAACGAAAAUUGCUAAAGAAGGUCGACUUUAUUAACUGGGAAUGUGACAAUAACUUACAUGAAGUUAAAAUUAUGCGACUGUUUCACGUCCAGAAACGCGAAGACUACACACUUUACAAUAAACUCUCUCGAAAAAUCAGAGAAAUUGCGGAAAAACUUAAGAAUAUCAAUGAAAACGAUCCUUGGAGGGCAGAAAUGACUGAACUACUGACAGCAAAGUUACACAACUUAGGUUUGAUACCAACAAAAAGGAGUCUUAUGUUAGCGUCGAAAGUCAAUGCCUCUUCAUUUUGUCGAAGACGGCUUUCAGUUAUUGUAAUGCGUUCAAAAAUGGCAGAAACAAUGAAAGCAGCUGUGACAUUUGUUGAGCAAGGACAUGUUCGUGUGGGCCCAGAUAUCAUACGAGACCCAGCAUAUCUAGUUACAAGUUCAAUAGUAAACUGUUGUUUUUGAGAUGCAGAAAACUGUCUCAGAGAUUCUUUGUACCUGUCUUGUAUUAUUUCGAAGGAUUCACAGAGAUUAUCUGCAAACAGGCUGCAGCUUGCGACAAGAUAUAUGAAAAUUUUCCUGGUUAUGAACUUCGGUUAAGCGAAUACAUAUGAAUAUAUUUUUUCAAUAUAUCUAACAUUAACUGUAUGAUUGAAGAUUCAGUCAGUUGUAAGCAACACAGAAACUGGCACAUAUCUGUUCAAGUUGCCACACAUAUGCAUAAUAAGAUGAGUACUAAAGUAGUAAAUGUAGCAGUAGUGACGGUGAAAAAAAAUAGAUAUAGAGAAUAUAAUUCGCGAAAAAUGAAUGACUUUGCAGAACGAAAGGUUUAAAAUAGUUUGAGGACUCAAUCUAGGAGAAAGACGUAGUAUAAACUCGUCGACGACGUUGCUGUCAGUUCUGAGUUAAGUCACCAGCCACUAGUCACAAUGAUCACUUGAACCCCAGACAGGUGGUCUACAUUUUCAGAAAAAGGCUCAAUCUAAAAUUCAGUGGCCUUAUGGACCUAUGACAUGUCUUGGUCUGGCUACCCUUAGCUUUCUUCCAGCCAACUGUUAUGCCUAUGAUUAACUAUUUGAAUUGUAUUUGUAAUAAGAACUGAUUACGAUACUGUUAGUUUUCUACUGUAUACCUUAAACAACAUAAUACAUCUAGCUGAAUGAAAUUUGUAUGGGUUGUGGUCUCUACCUGGACCAUAGAUUUUUAUAAUUUUUCUCUCUUAUUAGUCCAUUAGUACUGUCAUCUUAUUCCCUAUGAAUCGUUUGUGGGUGCCCUGUUGUACCACGCAUUUGGUCAUGAGAAAAAAGACUUAUUAUUUCAUGUAUCAAACCACAUUAUUGCUGUAGUCAUUACUGACGAAUCCCAAGCAUUGAAUCGUGUGGCUAACAUGUUAGUCCGUUUUUAUUUCCAAAUUUG